AUGAGCGGUCACUACAACCUGAAGGCUUUGAUCAAGGCCAUCCGCUCCUGCAAGACCCUCGCAGACGAGCGAUCCGUCAUUCAGAAAGAAUCAGCCGCUAUCAGGACAUCUUUCAAGGAGGAAGACACUCUCGCUCGACACAACAAUGUCGCCAAAUUGCUCUACAUCCACAUGCUCGGCUACCCCGCCCACUUCGGCCAAGUCGCGUGUCUAACUUUGGUGGCUAGCCCGCGUUUUGCGGAUAAACGGCUGGGGUAUCUGGGAAUCAUGCUAUUACUGGACGAGAACCAAGAGGUGCUGACACUGGUGACCAACUCUCUGAAGAACGACAUGAACCACUCCAACGUCUACGCAGUGGGUCUGGCGCUCUGUACAUUUGCCAACAUCUCGUCAGAGGAGAUGUGUCGCGAUCUUGCCAACGAAGUUGAAAAGCUCCUGGGUAGCAGCAACGCUUACAUCCGCAAGAAGGCUGCUCUCUGUGCUCUUCGAAUCAUUCGCCGAGUCCCCGACCUCUCUGACCACUUUACCUCCAAAGCCAAGGGUCUGUUACAGGACCGCAAUCACGGUGUCCUCCUCGCAGGCAUUACUUUGAUCACCGAGAUGUGCGCUAUCGACGAGCAAAUCUGUGCCGAGUUCCGCAAAGCUACCAACCUACUAGUCAAGCACUUGAAGAACCUCGUGUCCACGGGAUACAGCGCAGAGCAUGAUGUACUGGGUAUUGCGGACCCAUUCCUGCAGACCAAGAUCUUGCGCCUUUUGAGGUUGCUCGGCAGGGGAGACGCGGCCGCGAGCGAGACGAUGAACGAUAUCCUCGCGCAAGUCGCGACCAAUACCGAUUCAUCCAAGAACGUCGGCAAUUCUAUCUUGUACGAGACCGUGUUGACGGUGCUGGAGAUUGAAGCCGAUAGCGGACUGAGGGUAAUGGCUAUCAAUAUCCUCGGUACAUUCCUCACGAACCGUGACAACAAUAUCAGAUAUGUUGCCCUAAACACCCUCAACAAGGUGGUCACGAUGGACACCAACGCUGUACAACGCCACCGCACCACCAUCGUCGAGUGUCUUCGCGACGGCGACAUCUCUAUCCGCCGCCGAGCCCUUGAGCUCUCCUAUGCUCUCGUCAACGAAGGCAACAUCAAGCUCAUGACGCGAGAGCUGUUGACAUUCUUGGAACUAUCAGACAACGAAUUCAAGCUGGGUUUGACGACAGAAAUCUGUUUGGCAGCGGAGAGGUAUGCGCCGAAUAAGAGAUGGCAGAUUGAUACCGUGUUGAGGGUGUUGAAGGUGGCGGGAAACUUUGUCAGGGACGAGAUCCUCUCGGCCUUCAUCCGUCUCACUUGCCACACCCCUGAACUCCAGUUCUACACUGCCCAACGCCUCUAUGCCGCCCUCUCCGCCGAUCUGUCUCAGGAGAGUCUCACCCUGGCUGCCGUCUGGGUGAUUGGUGAAUUUGGGGACAUCUUGUUGCAGGGCGGAACUAUCGAUGACGGAGAUGAGGUCAAGCAGGUCUCUGAUACCGACCUUGUUGAUCUGCUUGAGCAUACCCUCAACUCUCCCUACGCCAACUCCCUCUCCCGCCAGUUCGUCCUUACCUCUCUCGCCAAGCUGUCUGUCCGUCUGUCCGAAUCCUCGUCUACCCCUUUCCCCAACGCAGGCCUGCAGGACCGCAUCGCCGCCCUCCUUGCUUCAUACUCUUCCAACCUUGAGCUUGAAAUUCAGCAGCGUGCUGUCGAGUUUGGUUCGUUGUUCGGCAUGUCGGAUGUGAGAAUGGGCGUUUUGGAAAGAAUGCCGCCGCCAGAGAUCAGAGCGACCAUCAUGGGAACGGUCAGCGAGCGGAAGCCCGUGGGCUCGACGAGGACAGACAAGGACAUGAUUGUCGACCUUAUUGGCGAUGACUCUGCCCCCAACACUUCUGGCGUGGCGGGGUCUUCAGGGCCUUCAACACAGGAUCUGCUGGCAGACAUCUUUGGAUCCAGCUCUGAGAUGGCUUCUCCGGGUGCGACUGCGACAGGACAGGCGCCAAAGAGUGCAGCGAACGACAUCAUGUCUCUCUUUGACACUUCCGCGACUUCGCCGCCGGCGACUGUGGCAGCUUCGAGUGGUGGUGGGUCAUUAUUCGACCUCGUCUCCCCUUCUUCUACGCCUGCUCCCCCUUCUGCCCCCUCUCCCGCCCCCGCCCCGGUCCCUUCAGCUGCCCCAGCCAAGUCCCAACUUCAAUCUUACCCCGCCUACGACAAGAACGCUCUAAAAAUCACACUCACGCCCAGAGUCUCGCCUACCCAGCCUGGUGUUGUACAGGUGCUCGCAAAGUUUACGGCCUCUGGGGGAGAGGUCAUUGAAAAUGUCAAUUUGCAGGUGGCAGUGCCCAAGACCCAGCAGUUACAGAUGCAGGCCAUGUCGAAUCAGACUGUCAGCCCUGGAGCUGGAGAAACGCAGCAGAUGAGGAUCCACGUCCCUGUAGGGGCUGCGAUCAGGUUGAGGAUGAGAAUCACCUACACCAAGGGUGGGCAAAAUAUCGCGGAUCAGCAAGACUUUUCUGGCUUCCCUGCGGGAUUGACUGGGUCAAAGUGA